GAGCCCAGAGGAACUAGUGGAUAAAGUGCACUGGCACUAUGCCCGGUUGCCCUAGAAGGCUAGAGGAAGAAAAAGAGCGGGAAAGAUUAUCCCAGAAAAUUAUAAGAAAAUUGUUGAUACUAAUCAGAAAAUCGGGAGAAGCAAAAUUUUGUAGGGUUUUCCUCCAAAAACACUCCGUGUGAAUCACAAAACGAAAUUCGAAUCGACAGCCAAGCUCAGAAAUGUUGGCUACACUCAAGAAAUACUUUGGCCAUUCUGGCUUCCGGCCUUAUCAGAAGGAAGUGAUUGAUAAAAUUCUUCAAGGAAGGGACUGUUUGGUUGUCAUGGCCACGGGUAGCGGGAAAUCUUUGUGCUAUCAGGUUCCUCCUUUGGUUGCUGGAAAGACUGGUGUAGUUGUAAGCCCUCUUAUAUCUUUGAUGCAAGACCAGGUCAUGACCUUGAAACAGUUGGGCAUCAAGGCUGAGUAUCUUGGGAGUGCUCAGACUGAUUACUCUGUCCAAGACAAAGCCCAAGAUGGUUAUUUUAACUUGCUGUUCAUCACUCCGGAGAAGGCUUGUUCACUUCCUGUUAGCUUCUGGUCUAAAUUGCUAGAGGCUGGGAUUUGUCUGUUUGCUGUCGAUGAAGCACAUUGCAUUUCUGAGUGGGGCCAUGAUUUCAGGGUGGAUUACAAACAGUUACACAACUUACGUGGCAUACUCUUGGACGUUCCAUUUGUUGGCUUAACUGCAACUGCUACUGAAAAGGUGCGAGCUGACAUAAUUAGUUCCCUGAGUAUGAGAGAUCCUUAUGUUGCUCUUGGGUCUUUUGAUCGUAAAAAUCUCUUCUAUGGCGUCAAAUAUUUCAACCGUGGUCCUUUGUUUGUGGAUGAACUUGUGCAAGAAAUUUCCAAACUCGUUGCUGGUGGUGGCUCAAUUAUCAUAUACUGCACGACAAUUAAAGAUGUUGAGCAGAUUUUCAAGUCACUUACGGAGGCAGGAAUUAAGGCAGGAUCAUAUCAUGGUCAAAUGGGCUAUAAAGCACGGGAGGAGUCCCACAGAUUAUUUGUAAGGGAUGAACUGGAAGUCAUGGUGGCCACUGUUGCUUUUGGCAUGGGAAUUGAUAAGCCGAACAUCAGGCAUGUGAUUCACUAUGGUUGUCCAAAGAGCCUAGAGUCUUAUUAUCAGGAAAGUGGACGUUGUGGUCGAGAUGGCAUAGCUUCUGUCUGCUGGCUUUAUUAUACGAGAAGCGACUUUGCAAAAGCUGACUUCUAUUGUGGUGACAUUCAAUCAGAAAAUCAAAGAAGAGCAAUCAUGGAGUCGUUGAUGGCUGCGCAGCACUAUUGCGUACUGACAACUUGCAGAAGAAAGUUCUUACUUUCUCACUUUGGGGAAGCAUAUUCGACUUCCGGAUGUGGAAAUUGUGAUAACUGCAUGGCCCCAAGGAAGGAGCAUGAUUUUUCUAGAGAAGCUUUACUGUUAAUGACUUGUAUUCAAUCUUGUAAGGGUGAUCGGGGACUGAAUAUGCCAAUAGAUGUUCUCCGUGGUUCUCGGUCAAAAAAGAUCCUCGAUGCUCACUUUGACAAGCUUCCUCUUCAUGGGCUUGGAAAGGAUCACUCAUCAAAUUGGUGGAAAGAGUUGGCUUACCAAUUAAUUUCCCAUGGUUAUUUGGUGGAGACCUUUAAAGAUCUAUAUAGAACUGUAAGUGUUAGUUCAAAAGGACAGCAGUACCUUAGUUCUGCAAGGCCUGAUCAUCAACCGCCAUUAGUCUUGACAAUGACCAGUGAGAUGAUAAAGGACAGAGAAUUUCAAAGCACAUCGAGUGAAGUGGGAGAGUUUAAGAGUUUAGCUACUCCUGAAUGUGAUGGAUUUUCAAAGGCUGAGUCACAACUCUAUCAUAUGCUGUUACAAGAGCGAAUGAAGCUUGCAAGAGGCAUCGGAACUGCUCCAUAUGCUAUAUGUGGUGAUCAAACAAUAAAAAAGAUUGCAUUGGUAAGGCCAUCCACCAAAGCAAGGUUAGCUAACAUUGAUGGUGUCAAUCAGCACCUUGUUAUGAAACACGGGGAUCAUCUUCUUCAAGUUGUUCGGCAUCUCUCGCAAGUUCUGAACCUUUCCUUAGAUGGGGAAGUAAGCACGCAGGAUGCUGUUGCGAGCAAUGUGGAUCCAGUACCCAAAAAUAAGAAAAAAUUGAUCCCGGCAAAAUUAGAAGCUUGGAGAAUGUGGCAUAAAGAUGGCCUAUCAUUUGAACAAAUCGCUAAAUUACCUGGUAGAACAGCUCCUAUAAAGGAACAAACUGUUAUGGAGUAUCUUCUGGAGUAUCUUGUGGAGGCUGCUCAAGAAGGACUAGAGAAGGAAUGGAUGAGAUACUGUAAGGAGAUUGGAUUGACGGGUGAGGUGAUCUCAGAUAUCCAGAGUGCCAUCUCAAAAGUUGGCUCUGCUGAUAAACUGAAACCUAUUAAAAAUGAACUACCAGAAGAUAUAAGUUAUGCGCACAUUAAGGCUUGCCUGGCAAUGCAAAGCUUUAAGGUCUCUCCAGAGGUGAUUCAACAUGGUUGCCAUGGAAUUAGUAGAGCUGAUGAACUUACGAGUGAAGUAAGCCCCAUAAAAGAAUCUCAGAAGCUAGAAAAAUCAGUUGAUGGUACUGCUGCUUCUUGUUUCUUAGACGAUAACAAGGGUACAUCCUCAGAUACCAGUAUUCAUGAAGUAGAGAUUCUCAAUGUCCAUAAAGAACUUCUCUCCCCAGUGAAACGACAAAGAGUUGAUGUACCCACAAUUUUGACUCCCCUUGAGGCAACAGAGAGCUCAUUACUAAACUGGCUCGAGAAUUAUGAGGAAGGAGUUCCACUGUCUGAUAUAUUAGAGCACUUUGGAGGAUCGAAAGAGGGAUCUGUUAUACAUCUCCUGACUGGCCUCGAAGCCGACUUUAUGGUUUUUAAGAAGAAUGGUAUGUACAGGCUUAUGUAAACAAUAUGACAUUGGCAUGAGAGCAGCACUCCGUAAAUUUUUCCUUAGGUCACUUCUUUCUGAGUUUGAAUGACUGAUGUGCUGCUGCUAUUCACCAAUGGCUUGGUGAUGGAAACAUGUUUUGUUAGACCAAUUGUGGUGGAUUGAUCACAGAAUCCGACUAAUGGGAAGUAUGACCUAUUGUGUAGUU